GGAGAGUCUCAGCACAGGAGACUCAAGUGUAUGUAUGCUAGGACAAACAAGCAAGACACUACAAAGGCAGUAUUGCAACUGGAGGGUAGGUCUCACAAGAUAUGUGAGAUUCAUUCUUGUAUUAGUCUCAAUGAAGGAUCUAGGGAUCCUGUCAAGCUGAAGGACCUUGAGGCCCAUUAUAACAUAGCAAUGUUGAAGAAGGACUCGAUCCAUCUUUAUCAGUGGCUUUCAGAUAAUGAUUCCGACCCAGCUUUACAGAAUUUCCUGCCGAGUCUUUGCAAGCACCUGCUUGGACACAUUCUCUCAAGACAGGAAGACAAGGCCUUCACCACAGACAAGCUAUACAGCCUCUGUAUAAAAAAUGACAAGCUUUUCUGUCUCAAGGUACUAUACAUCAAUUACACAACCUACAACAUUAGGAGAGCCCAAGAUUCACUCAAUCCACAGACACAUGCUAAUAUCAUGUUACUAUUGGAUAACACCAAACAUCCCUACAUUUACACUCGAAUAAUCAGACUUUUUCAUACAGAGGUCAGCUAUAUAGGUCCAGGGGCUGACCCUAACUUCCAAAACUUUAAUUGGCUCAAUUUUGCUUGGGUUUGCUGGAUGAAAGUCAUUGAGAAUGGCUCAUUUGUUGAGAGACGACUCCCUCAAUUGCAAUUCUAUUGUCAUACAGAUCCUAGUGCCUUUGGAUUCAUUGAUCCAGACCUUAUUCUUUGA